AUGGGCUCCAGCUUUCGGUUCUCGGACCUGUAUAGGGCUCCAGACAUCAACCCCAUCAACCGCAAGGCCCACUCGAUCCCCUUCCUCAACCCCAUUAAUAUCGUUUUGGGGCUGUUAACAACGACGAUCAAGGCAGACUUGAAGCUCACAACUGAACAAGUCGCCAACUCCAACAUUGUCUCGCUCUGUGCCACCCUCCUCAUUCGCGCUGUAGCAGGACCCCUGUGCGAUCAGUUCGGCCCCCGAAUCGUCUUUGCCGGAACGUUACUCGUCGGUGCCAUCCCCCUGGGCCUUGCUCCUCUUGUCCAGAAUGCGACGGGGCUAUAUGUGAGCCGAUUCUUCAUCGGCAUCCUGGGCGGCAGCUUCGUCCCGUGCCAAGUAUGGACCACUGCCUUCUUCGACAAGAACGUGGUCGGCACUGCCAAUGCCCUCACGGGCGGCUUCGGUAAUGCCGGCGGCGGCAUCACCUACUUUAUCAUGCCCGCCGUCUUUGACUCCCUCGUGCACAGCAUGGGGUACACCGCCGACAAGGCGUGGAGGGUAACCUUCGUCGUGCCCCUGAUCAUGGUCCUGGUCAUUGGCAUCGGCCUGCUGCUGCUGUGCCCCGACACGCCCACGGGCAAGUGGAAGGACAGGUUCCUCCGCGCCGAGCAGAACCUGCACUCGCACGGCGUGGACUUCGCCGACAGCGCCGACAACGUCGUCACGGUGCCGGGCCUCAUAACGGACCGGGCCCCGUCGGACCGCGAGAAGAGCCCCGAGCAGGACGAGACGUCUGUCAAGAUGCCCGCCGACCACGAGGUCGCCAUCUCCCGGUCGGAGAUGCUCGAGACGGCCAAGGGGGAGAUCGUGGUCAAGCCGACGGGCAGGGAGACCUGGAUGGUGGCCACGUCGGCCCAGACCUGGUUCCACAUCGUCACGUACGUGUGCUCCUUUGGCGGCGAGCUGGCCAUCAACUCGGUCCUGAGCUCCUACUACCUCAAGAACUUCCCGCGGCUGGGCCAGACCGGGGCCGCCAACUGGGCCGCCAUGUUCGGCUUCCUCAACUUCGCCACGCGGCCGCUGGGCGGCCUCGUCGGCGACCUGCUGUACAACCGCGGCGGGCGCAACCUGUGGCUCAAGAAGGGCUGGGUCACGGCCUGCGGCCUGCUGGCGGGCGCCAUGCUCGUCGUCAUCGGGCGCCUCGACCCGCGCGACGAGGCGACCAUGUUCGGCCUCGUCGCCCUCAUGGCCGUCUUCCUCGAGGCCGGCAACGGCGCCAACUUUGCCCUCGUGCCGCACGUGCACCCCUUCGCCAACGGCAUCGUCUCCGGGCUCACGGGCGCGGGCGGCAACCUCGGCGGCGUCGUCUUCGCCGUCAUCUUCCGCUUCAUGGACGGCGGGAGCAACUACGCCAAGGCGCUGUGGGUCAUGGGCGUCAUGCACAUCGGCCUGAACCUCGCCGUGUGCUGGAUCCCGCCCAUCCCCAAGGGCCAGGUCGGCGGGCACUGA